GCUUUCUCGCGGCGCCAAAAUUCGAAGCCCCAAAUGAAUCUUCAUCUUCUUGCAAGAAAGGCGUCUUCCGGCGGAACAUCUCGUUAUUACUCUUCUGCCACUGCACUCGAUUCACCUCUCAGUCUCCUCCAUCUUCUUUACCUCUCAACUACCCACUAUUCUCUGCAUCUCGCCAAGCAAACCCAUGCCCGAAUCAUCUCUAUUGGGUUCACACAGAACCCGUUUUUAGCUACAAAACUCGUCUCUGCUUAUGCCGCUUUUGGUUAUGUAACAGGGUCUAAACUUGUUUUUGAGUUGAUGGAAGAUAAGAAUGUCUGCCUAUGGAACUCACUGAUUAAUGGGUACGCGAAAAAUGGUGCAAACUAUGAAGCUUUUGAUUUGUUUAACGGAAUGUGCAGAAGUAAUGUAUUGCCUGAUGAUUUUACACUUGCAACGGUGUCCAAAGUUGCUGGUGAGAUUGGGGACUUGAAUGUGGGGAAAUUGGUUCAUAGUAAGAGUAUACAAAGUGGGUCUGUUCUAGAUACGGUUGUUGCCAAUUCGCUAAUGUCAAUGUAUGGUAAAUGUGGGGAACUUGGUGAGACACGGAAACUGUUUGAUGAAAUACCAAGAAGAAAUGCGGGUUCUUGGAAUGCACUAAUUGCGGGAUAUGCAAACUCAGGGGAUUGUAGUUUACGUAAUGAUUUGUGGGAAAUUGUUAAAUGUAUGCAAAUUGAUGGGAUGAAACUUGAUGGAUUCACUAUAUCUAUGCUUUUGCCUUUGAGUGGCCUGGAGGAAACGGGGAAAUGGGAUUAUGGGAGGGAGCUUCACUGUUAUAUACUGAAGAAUGGAUUGGGUAUGGGUUGUGGUUCAGAUGUUCAUUUAGAUAGCUGUUUGAUUGAUAUGUAUUCAAGGAGUAAUAAAGUUGUAACUGGUAGAAAUGUUUUUGAUCGGAUGAAAUGCAGAAACGUUUAUGCUUGGACAGCAAUGAUCAAUGGUUAUGUGGACAAAGGAGAUUUGGAUGAAGCUCUGUCCCUUUUCCGUGACAUGCAGGUUAGAGAUGGCAUAGAACCCAAUAAAGUUUCACUUGUGAGUGUUCUUCCUGCUUGUAGUUCUCUUGCUGGUUUAAUGGCAGGGAAACAGAUUCAUGGAUAUGCAAUUAGAAAGGACAUGAAUCAUGAUGUGGCGUUGUACAAUGCUUUGAUUGAUAUGUAUUCCAAGUGUGGGAGUUUGAAUUGUGCUAAACAAAUUUUUUAUAAUAGUUUCUUUCUUAAAGAUGCCAUAUCCUGGAGUUCCAUGAUUAAUGCAUAUGGAUUGCACGGAAAGGGUGAAGAAGCUGUAUCUUUGUAUGAUCAGAUGCUUUGGCAAGGAAGCAAACCAGACAUGAUAACCCUAGUGGGGGUACUUUCAGCUUGUUGCCGAUCAGGAUUGGUAAAUGAAGGCCUUAGCAUAUAUAACUCAGUAAUAAAUAAAUACGGGAUAAAGCCAACGGCAGAGAUCUGUGCCUGUGUUGUUGACAUGCUAGGUCGAUCAGGACAACUUGAUAGAGCAUUGGAGUUUAUCAAGACAAUGUCUGUUGAACCUGGGCCAAGUGUGUGGGGAGCACUCAUUAAUGGUUCUGUAAUGCAUGGGAAUAUUGAGAUGCAGGAGCUUGCCUACAGUUUCCUUAUCCAGUUGGAACCUGAGAAUCCCUCAAACUAUAUCUCACUAUCGAAUUUACAUGCUUCUUCUAAAAGAUGGGAUGCUGUAGCCGAAUUGAGAAAAGUGAUGAAAGAAAAGGGUUUGAGAAAAACACCUGGAUGCAGUUGGAUUAGCAUUAAUGGCAAAACUCAUUGUUUUUCUGUUGCUGACAAAGCACAUCCUUAUGCGAAUCUAACUUAUCAGAUGCUGGAUGACUUAAUCUCCACAAUGAAGGGAGCUGGUCCUAUUGAUUUUGAAUAUUUUUGAAAUAAAUCACUAAAAUGUUGAUGGUUGA